UCACGCGAGCGAUCCUGCGCGCGAUGGCGAGAUCCUCCGUCUUGCUCUAUCUGGGCGUGGUGCUCUUCAUCGUCCUGCUCCUCACCUUCGCCCCGAACCGCCCUAAUCACCCCCACCGCCGUCUCAGACUCCGCUCCGCCAUGUCCGGCCACGACCGUCGCAGCAUUCCCUUCGACCCUAUCAUCGCCGACAUAGAGCGCCGCCGCGAGGACCGCGAGUGGGAGCGGGCCAACUUCUUCCCCCAGGGCCACGCCCCCGCCAUGGAGGCCCAGCCCGAGUGGGAGGACUUCAUGGACGCCGAGGACUUCAUCAACGACGAGGAGCGCUUCAACGUUACCGACCGCAUCGUAAAGCUUUUUCCCAAGAUCGACGUUGGCCCCGCCGACGGCUUCGUCAGCUCCGAUGAGCUUACGGAGUGGAAUCUCAGGCAGGUGGAGAAGGAGGUGAUGCACCGGACGCAGCGGGACAUGGAGCUCCAUGACAGGAACCACGACGGCUUCAUCUCGUUCGAGGAGUACGAGCCGCCCAGCUGGGUUCAUCGAUACCAUGAUGAUAAUUCAACUGGUGAUCAAGUGGGGUGGUGGAAAGAGGAUCACUUUAACGCUUCAGAUAUGGAUGGCGAUGGUCUUCUUAAUCUGACAGAGUUCAAUGACUUUCUUCAUCCAGCAAACACUAACAGUCCCAAACUGAUCCAGUGGUUGUCCAAGGAAGAAAUUAGGGAAAGAGAUAAAGAUAAAGAUGGGAAGCUUAAUUUUCAAGAGUUUUUUAAUGGCUUAUUUGACUUAAUCAGGAGAGAUGAUAUUUAUAACCUUACACAUGUAUCUGAUGCUUCAACAGAGGCACCAGCUAAAAAGCUAUUCUCGCAGCUUGACCACAACAACGAUGGAUACUUGUCUGAAGAUGAGUUGAUACCUGUAAUUGGUGAUCUACACCCAUCGGAGCAUUACUAUGCUAAGCAACAGGCUGACUAUGUUACUUCAGAGGCAGACACGGAUAAAGAUGGACGCUUAAAUUUGAAAGAGAUGAUUGAAAAUCCAUAUGUAUUCUAUAGUGCUAUCAUUCCCGAGGAAGAUGAUUAUAACUAUCAUGAUGAGUUCCGUUAGUUAUCCAACUAAUUCAUUCGAGACACUGAUGUAUAUGAUAGUAGAUUCCUGUGAAUUUGUGCUGUUUGAUCACCCGGUCUUUUCUCUUUGUUUUUUAGCGUCGGAGUAGCAACAUAAGGAUUGUAUUUGUCUUUCUUUCUUAACCCGGCCGUGUAUCAUUGAUCGACAAAAUCGUCCUUUGGAUUUUUAUCAAAUAACACCCCAUAAUAAAAUUUUCCUUGGGGUAAUUUUUCUUUUAUCAA